AUGGGGUGGUCAAAGUCAACCCGGAUAAAGAUCAUGCUGGGGAUCGAUAUGCUCUUCUUGGUCCUGGAGCUGGGCACGGGUAUCUGGGUGGGCAGUCUGGCUUUGAUGGCCGAUGCCUUUCAUAUGUUGAACGAUAUCAUUUCUCUUAUUGUCGGAUUGUGGGCUGUUGAGGCUACGAAAAAGUCUGCGACCGACAAAUACUCAUUUGGAAUGUUGCGUGCGGAAAUCCUGGGUGCUGCCUUCAACGCAGUUUUCCUCAUAGCUCUCUGCCUUUCGAUCAUCCUUGAAGCUAUUCAGCGCCUCCUCGACCCUCCUGAGAUUAGCAAUCCAAUGUUGAUUUUUAUUGUCGGAUCGCUAGGUCUUGCUUCCAACUUGGCAGGAUUCUUGGUUCUCGGAGGCCAUGGACAUUCCCAUGGCCCUGAGGAGCAUGACCACGGAGACGAAAUCUCGCACGCUGAGGAAGGACAUGCCCACAGUCAUCACGCAGAGCACUCGCAUGCCAUUAGCCAUGGACAGCAAGACCUUGACGAGGGAGCUAUUGGAGACCAUUACCCAGAGGCCCUUGUAGCUCGAGCAAAGAGGCCAGCCCAACAACUGAGAUUUUCUACGGAGGAUGAAGAGGCAAAUACCAACGUUGAUUCAUCUCCCAGCAAGUCCACUAAGCACAGAAGAAGAGGGAGCAGCAUCAGAAACAACCGAUACUCGACUCCUGAUGACUUCAGCAUUCAUCCUUCUACCUUCAGACAGGACAUCAUUGCUGCUAGCAAGUCUCAAAUCGAGAGCGACAGCACGUCCGAGGAUGAGGGAGUUGUUGCAGAGCCCACCGAGAACACUGCUCUUCUCUCUGGAAUCAUCUCACCGGGGCCAUCGAAAAGACACGACCACGACCAUGAGCAUGGAAUUCCGAAACCAAGAUACGAUUUGUGGCACGCAGCACAUAACCACAACAAGCCUAAGAAAGUCAAGAGCGGUGGACACAGCCACAACCACGCCGAUAUGGGAAUGAACGCUAUGAUUCUUCACGUCAUUGGCGAUGCCCUUGGGAACGUUGGGGUCAUGGUCGCGGCCCUAAUCAUCUGGUUUUCUAACUGGUCAGGCAGAUUCUACGCUGAUCCCGCUGUCUCCUUGUUCAUUACGCUCAUUAUUCUCAAAUCCACCAUACCUCUUACCAAAGCCACCGCCAAGAUCCUCCUCCAAGCCACGCCAGAUCAUAUUGACACCACCGAGCUCAAGGAGGACAUCAGCUCACUCUCAGGUGUCGUCAACUGCCACCACGUCCACAUCUGGCAGCUGAGCGAUACUCAAGUUGUAGCUUCCAUGCACAUUCAAGUCGAUUUUCCAAUCAGUGAGGCCGGUGGUGAGAGGUACAUGAUGCUUUCUAAGAACAUCCGUCAAUGCCUCCACGCCUACGGAAUCCACAGCGCGACCAUCCAGCCUGAGUACUGCAUUGACAAGAGCCAUGACCACACUGGCGAGCGACCCGGAGCGGUCGGGCUAGAUGGUAUUGUCAGCCAACAGCGAUGCGGCCUCGAUGACGAGGACUCAUGCCUCCUGGAGUGUGUAGACGACUGUGGUGCGAAGGGCUGCUGUUCAUCGUCGAAGGCGGCGUCUGACUCAGAACAUGACCAUCACGAUCAUGACCACGACGGACACGUCCAUUAA